UUCAGGAAUCAGAUUGUACUCUUCUGUAUUCAAAACGCUAAGCAGAACCUCAGCGGUGCCGCCUGACGCCAUGGUCCAUACUACAAAACACUCAAGUUUGCUUUCCAGUUUCGAAUCUUGCUGUCUGAAUCUUGAGGGAAGAAGAAGCUCAGAGCUCGCGAUAACGGCCGUGAACUCUACAAAUCCAGUGAAAAAUUUAGAGAAGAAGACCUCAACAUUUCAAUCAGAAUGGGGGAUCAAGUAGUUGCGAACGGAGACGUGGCUUCAGACUGUGAAGACGACGAGCAGAGCUUCUUCCAAAACGUGGAGAUACUUCAGGAGCACGGCAUUAACGUCGCUGACAUUAAAAAGUUGAAGUCGGUGGGAAUAUGCACCAUCAAAGGUGUCCAGAUGACGACCCGCCGUCGUUUGGCGGCCAUCAAGGGCUUCUCGGAGGCCAAGGUGGACAAGAUCAAAGAGGCGUGCGCCAAGAUCGACCAGAACGGCUUCAUGACCGCUCUGCAGGUCUCCGAGAAACGAAGAGAAGUUUUCAAAAUCACGACCGGAAGCAAAGAAUUUGACAAGCUGCUGGGUGGCGGCGUGGAGUCCAUGGCCAUCACCGAGGCGUUCGGCGAGUUCCGGACGGGCAAGACGCAGCUGUCCCACACCCUGUGCGUCACUGCGCAGAUGCCCGGCGUCAACUACCACGGCGGCAAGGUCAUCUUCUUGGACACGGAGCACACCUUCCGGCCCGACCGCCUGCGCGCCAUAUCGGAGCGAUUCGGCCUCGAGCCCUCCGCCGUCCUGGACAACGUGCUGUACGCCAGGGCCUACACCAGCGAGCACCAGACCGAGCUGCUCGACAUGGUGGCGGCCAAGUUCCACGAGGAGGGCGGCGUCUUCAAGCUGCUGGUGGUGGACUCGGUGAUGGCGUUGUUCCGGGUGGACUUCAGCGGGCGCGGCGAGCUGGCGGACCGGCAGCAGCGCCUGGCCCAGUUCAUGUCGCGGCUGCAGAAGGUGUCGGAGGAGUACAACGUGGCGGUGUUCAUCACCAACCAGAUGACGUCCGACCCCGGCGCCACCAUGUCGUUCCAGGCCGACCCCAAGAAGCCCAUCGGCGGCAACAUCCUGGCGCACGCGUCCACCACGCGCAUCGCGCUGCGCAAGGGCCGCGGCGAGACGCGCAUCGCCAAGAUCUACGACAGUCCCGACAUGCCUGAGAGCGAGGCCUCGUUCUCCAUCACGGGCGGGGGCAUCGACGACGCCAAGGACUAGGAAGCCAGCCGAGCCGAGGAUGGGUGAAAUGAGCGUUGAGGUAAAAUAGUGACACACCCAGUCUUUUUUAGAAAACGAAAUUUAUUUCUUGAUUUGUCAGUGACUGACCUUUACACUCUGAAACAUGAAAUGUUAUCUAUUGGUUAUCAACUCAAUUUAUUUCUACUUGAGGUUGUAAGUGAUAAAUAUUAAUCUUAAUUUUACAAUAAAUUUUAUUCUUGAUCCCUA